AAAGCUCCCUUAUCCUCCCCCCAACUCCCUUUCUCUUUCCCUUUCUCUUUCUCUCUCCAUUGUUGAACCAACACAUCAGCGAAUGUGAAGAGAAUUCCAGGCAACAAGUUUAUUCAAAGAGGGAGAAAUUUAGAGAGGAAAAAAAAAAAAAUUUAAGAGUAUAUGUAAUUAGUACUUCCCUACUACUAUCGUUUAUUCUUUUUUUUAGUGUGAAUAAGUGAGUAGUAAGUCCAACAAGGAAUUUAAUUGGAGGAUCUACCAGUACCACCUAGUCUAAGUCUAAUACUUCCUACAGCUAAUAUUCUUUCCUCAUAAAAAUCAAGAACUCCUCUCAAACAAAAGAGGGCUUGGAUAGACUGAGUGAAAAAGGAGAGAAAGAAGUCAAGAAGUCUUCUCAUGUGAUCAUGGAAGGAGGCGAUGAUCAUCAUCUCCACCACCACCACCACCGCCCAAACUUCCCAUUCCAAUUACUCGAAAAGAAAGAAGACGAAUCAGCCUCCUGCUCCAGCUCCGGCGCCGCGGCCUUCCCAUCUCUAGCCAUCUCCUCAGCCGAUAACACCAGCCAAAACCCUUCAAGAUCAACCUCUUCGAGCUUACAAAUCUCAGCUGACCCGUCCAAGAAGGCGCCACCGAAACGAACUUCGACUAAAGAUCGCCACACCAAGGUUGACGGACGCGGGAGACGUAUCCGCAUGCCAGCGCUUUGCGCUGCUAGGGUUUUUCAGCUAACGCGAGAAUUAGGCCACAAGUCCGAUGGCGAAACGAUUGAGUGGCUCCUACAACAGGCCGAGCCCGCCGUGAUUGCCGCCACCGGAACCGGUACAAUCCCUGCAAACUUUACCUCCUUAAACAUCUCGUUACGCAGUUCUGGCUCCAGCAUGUCCGUACCAUCCCAGCUGCGAUCCUCGUACUUCAGUCCGAAUUUUUCGAUGCCACCGAGGAGAAGCCUCUUUCAGGGCAUUGGGCUAUCGACCGACAAUUCUCCGUCUACAACAACGUUGUUGAACUUCCAAUCUGGCAAUAUAAACCCUAGUGGUAUGCUCCAGGCGAAGCAGGAGUUGAGAGAAAACAACACCCACAAUACCCUAGAUUUGAGUGAUGCAGCUGCAGCAGCAGCAGCUGGAGAAGAGAGCCCUCUUGCCAGAAAAAGAAGAAACGACCAAGAACUCCAACACCAUCAGCAGCAAAAUAUCGGGAACUAUUUGUUACAGUCCAGUACGGGGGCGAUGCCGGCCAGCCACGCGUCGAUUCCGGCCAACUUUUGGAUGGUUCAGGCGAAUUCGAGUAAUCAGGUUAUGGGAGGCCAUGACCCGAUAUGGACAUUUCCAAAUGUUAAUAAUAGUGCCGCUGCAGCCGCUGCUUUGUAUAGAGGGAGUAUGUCUAGUGGGUUGCAUUUUAUGAAUUUUCCUACCCCGGUGGCACUAUUGCCUAGUCAACAACUAGGUACGAGUAGUAUUGGUCCAACCGGUGGCAGUGGUGGUGGCGGCGGCAAUGGUGGUUUAGCGGAAGCUCAAUUGGGAAUGCUGUCGGGGCUAAAUCCAUACCGCUCCAGUGGUGGCGGGGUGUCGGAAUCGCCGGCUAGCGGGUCCCACUCGCAGCACCACGGCGAUGAUCGGCAUGACACCACAAGUCACCAUUCAUGAGGAUGAAAUGAGAAGGAAUUGAAAAUCAUCAAUUAUCAUUACUCGUCGGUCGUCAUCCCCACUUGUGUGUAGUUUGAUUUGUAACACACGUGAGGUUUGAUUUGCUCCAGAGAAGAAAAAAAAAAAAAAAACUGGAAUUUUUUGUUUUCUUUGCUUUUUGAGAUUCUCUAAUUUUCUUCUUCUUUUUCUUUUCCCUCUUUUUGUGUGAUUAAAUAUGGGAGUUUUUAGUUUAGGGUUUGCAGAAGGCAAUAUUCUAACAGGUGAUAUUGGCUGGUUUUUUUGUCAAAAAGUGUCAUUUGGUUUUCAUUGCACAAUAUCUUAUUUAUGAUCAUUGUUUGUGCAAA